UCGAGAAGCGUGAAGCACUUUCCGUAGAUUAUUACAACUGCGAUCUGUUCUAGAUCAUCUGUUCAAAAACCAUCAAGAUUUUAAAAAAAUGUUUUCAAUUUUCAAUUUUUUGUUCGUUGCCUUCUUGAUCGGCAGUACUUCUUGUGGGAAAGAACCCAAGGAGAUCGAUCCAGAUAAAAUGAGAUAUAUUGGAGAACCCAUUACAUUCGCCUGUGUACAUUCGUCAAAUCAAACGGAAUUUGAAAUAAUUCGAAGCAAUAAUAAGACUGGAUUGACCGAAUUAGCUCAAAAGCUUAACAAUGGAAACGAUCUAUCAAUCCUUAUUCAUGCGAUUGGGUACGAUGUUGAUGAAAAAGGCUUUGACUACUAUGACGCUCGAGGAUGGUAUGAAGCAUCUGAUACAAAUGUUUGCUAUAUUACAUAUGCGUUUGAAAAUUCAGUGACAACUCUAGCGAAAUUAAUUCCACAUACGAAGAACAUGGUGCAAACGAAUCGAUUUAUAUUUGUAGCGAAACAGGCGCGCGAUCUAGUCUUAAGUGUUCGAAAUUUAAAAGGUAACAUCAAAAGCAUGUCACAGAUCGUGAUGGUUGGUUUCUCUUUUGGGGCGCAUAUCGCUGCAAUCGCCUGUCGAUAUCUCACCGCUAAAACUAAGGAAAAAGUUAAAAUAUUAAUAGGUUUGGACCCCGCCUCUGCAUCACUAUAUCUCCAUAAAAAUUAUUACAUUUCAAAAGGUGACGCUAAAUAUGUGCAGUUAAUUCAUACAUCGAAAGUGCUCGGUACCUUAGAUAGAGCUGGUGAUGUUGAUAUUGUGGUGAAAAAUGGCCGUACAUCAGUUUUUAAUCCACGUGAUAAGCAUGCAUUGGCAACAAGCAUUCAAUCAGCAACUGCUAGAAAGAAACUCAUAAUACGUGCGAAUAUGUGUAAAAAAGAUUUGGAACGGAAUCGAAACGCAAAAAAAGCAGCAGCAGCUUUUGCAAAGAAUCCAGAAGAAUUAAUAACUAAAUUAAAAGAACCAAGUGAUUAUGAAGAGCCUGAACUAAAAGAUAAUCAAUGUCUAGUUGGCGUGUACAGCCAAUUCAAACCGGUGAUGGCCGGAAAAACUUACGAAAUAGAUCUUAAAAAAGAAUGGGAUAUUUUGGACAGCUUGAAGAUGUAGUCAAUCAACAGUUUAACUAUUUUUCUUAUUUUUCAUUGUAACUUUUUUAUUUAUAUUCCGGAAAUAAAAUAAUACAGUGAAAAUGGCAAGUGAAUGCUAUUCAAACUUCGCGCAUUUCAUGGCACCACUUUUUCAUUUAAAA